AUGGCCUAUCCACGCAAGAAGAAAUCGCCGCCGUCGUCGGGGCGCCGAUCGGACCGCAUCAGCGGCCUCACCGACGACGUGCUGGGCCACAUCCUCUCCUUCCUCCCCACCAAGGAGGCGGCCCGCGCGGCGGUGCUGUCCCGCCGGUGGCGCCACGUUUUCGGCAGCGUCCACACCAUCUCGUUCGAGGAGACAGAGGGCGAGAGGGAACAAGACUGGUUCACCUACUACGUGCAGGCGCCGGAGAGGAAGAGCUGCAGCGACGUGCUCCUGGACGGCCUCGGCGCGCGCGGCGCUCCUCUGCCGCCGCCGAUGCCCCGGCCACGCCGUGCCGCUGCGCAGCCUCCGCUUCGCCUUGGACCACUGGCAUCGGUGGGACAAGCUACCUACAAUGAGGCCGGCAGGUACUCCGACGAGGAGGAGGAGGAGGAGAAGAGGAAUGGCUCCUGGUACUAUAUCCUCCCACGUAGGCUCUUGUCCUACGCCGCCAUCCGGACCCUGUGCCUCAGCUACUGCCGGCUCAAGCUACCGGAGGUGGUUCGUAUCGACCUGCCACUCCUUGAGACAUUGCGCCUGACGGGCCUCCGUGACUCCGGCAGAAGCAUCCAGCGGCUGAUCUCGAGCUGCCCCCGCCUCGCCGACGUGACGCUUGAAGCCCUGUGCAAGCUCAAAAGGGUCUCCCUGCUCGACAAACCCUCCGAAGGGUGGCCCUCCGGUGCUGCCACAACCUGA